GCGUGUACGAUUGGCUUCCGACUUCCCUUUGCGAUCACAACCGCCAUCAUGGACGAGUUGCGCUUCCGAUCGCAGCACUCUCCUCGUAACGAGAACCCCGUUGCCUCCUUUGUUUCUCCUACUCGCAAUGGGUCCCGAGCCCUCCAGCAACAGGGCCAGCCGGCUUCCCUCGAUACGCGAUCCGUCCUUCCUCGACGCUUCACUACCGAUUCGAGCCGUGUACCAACAUUGUCUUCUAUGUCUAUAACCUCCCCGCAACGCGGACCCGACCAUGCCCAAGAUUAUAACCUUGAGCAGAAAAAGGCGGAAUACGAGAGAAUCGUCAACCAGAGACGACGCUUCGAGCUAGAGAUGCAAAUUCUGGACCAAAGAUCCCGCCGUGAAGCAGCUGAGUUGGCCCAGCUAGAGGAAGAGGUGGUUAGAGUCACUGGUCAUCAAUCCGAACCGACGACGCCUCCCGAGCAUUAUUCCGGCUUUCCAUCCGCCUUAUCACGACCGAGCCGUUACUCUAUGUCGAGCAUCACCUCCCCUCCGGGUUUCCAAAGCCGAUCAGCCAGAUCUGGAUCUCAGCUCACUUCUCCGCCCGCCGGGAUGAUUGGAGGAUCUCGCUAUGGCUGGGAUGACCAUUUGCCAUCUCGCUCAGUCCCGAUAACCCGCCGAAACAGUGAUGAUGAAGAAAGGGAUGAGGCUGUUCGUCAAGAUCCCACUAGCCAUCGAUCGACCCAUGCUAUCAACCGGUAUUCGAUGCCGGUGACAAGAUCUCGAAAUGGCCUCUACGAGCCAGGACUUGACGCCACUAACACUGCACGGUUCUUGUUCGGGGACGAGGAUGCUGGUGCUGCUCAGCACGCGAAUGCCAUCGACCAGGGAUUUCCGACGCUGGUCCGUCGUGAUGAUCAGAUUCUAUCUGCAUCCUCGGCUGCCCUCGACCUUGCCUUGUCAUCGUCACCCGCCCCUGAAGGGUCUGUUUCGCACCACUGGAGCAGUCACAUUAACCGACAUCGAACCCAACAGAGCCUCUCUUCAAUCAACGGAAACUCGUCUGGUCUGAGCGAGAGCAACACUCCGAGUAAUCGACCUACAUCUCUACGCCAGUCUCUUGAUCUGAAAUACAUUUCAGAGAACGCAUCCGAAGCUCCCAGCCCUGGCGCUGUGACCCCAGGUAACCACGCCAUGACGACUCCUCCCAAGAUGCAGAGCCCAUUUUCUCCCAGCGACGGGCCUUCUGUUAAGAACAUGGCUGGCUCCUCUAUCCAAGGUGGAAAUGCCAAUAAUCAUGCUCAGCAACAUUUCCACAACCACAAUGCCAGCAUGGGCCGCAUCCCCACGGGCAUCGCACCCACUCGCGGACACAGCCGAGAGCUGUCUGCUGAGAGCAACUCUGCAACCGCCCGGGACUCAACUCACCAGUACCAGUCGCUCCAGUCUGCCCUCCAGGCAAGUGCUGCUCCCUUUGGCCCUAGCACCACCACUACUGCUCAGCAGCCAUCUGUUCCCGUCACCGCUCCUCCCAACAUGAACAUGAUGAAUGGCUUCAACGGGUACUACCCUCCAAACGGAUUUGUUCCUGCGAAUGGUGUCAAUGGCCCUCCUGCCAACUACCAGAUGAACAUGCUCACUGCUGGUAUGCAGCAGAUGAAUGUGAACGCGGUCGCUGGCGGCAACAUGUAUCCUAAUGGCAACUUUGGUGCCGCCGGUGGUUAUGGUGCAGUGCCCUUCAACCAGGCUUCGCAGCCGCCUCGUGACAGUCAGGCACGUGUGAUCCAGCACCGCCGACAGCUUGAUAAUGAAGUUAUGUCCCGCUACCAGAAUAUGCCCCUCGAAUCUUUCCGCGGCCAAAUUUAUGACUUGUGCAAGGAUCAGCAUGGUUGCCGUUACUUCCAAAAGAAACUCGAAGAACGCAACCCUGAACAGGUUCACAUGAUUUGGCUCGAGACGAACAUGCAUGUCAUUGAACUCAUGACAGACCCCUUUGGUAAUUAUUUGUGCCAGAAGCUUCUUGAAUUUUGCAAUGAUGACGAGCGGACUGUUUUGAUCAAAAACGCCUCUCAAGACAUGGUUCGUAUUGCACUUAACCAGCAUGGAACCCGGGCUCUGCAGAAGAUGAUUGAGCACGUCAAUCUUCCUCAACAUGUACAGCUCAUCAUUGAAGCACUCCGCUUCCGCGUUGUCGAGCUUAUCCAAGAUCUCAAUGGCAACCACGUCAUUCAAAAGUGCCUCAACAAGCUCAGUUCCGCUGAUGCCCAGUUCAUUUUUGAUGCUGUUGGCAACAACUGUGUCGAAGUCGGAACUCACCGCCAUGGUUGCUGCGUUCUUCAGCGCUGCAUUGACCACGCUUCGGGUGACCAGAAGCUCUGGCUGAUUCAGAGAAUCACAGAGCACUCUCGCAUUCUGGUCCAGGAUCCCUUCGGAAACUACGUUGUCCAGUACAUCAUCGACCUCAACGAACCAACCUUCACAGAGCCUGUUGUUGCCAUGUUUCAGGGUUGCAUUAGUGCUCUGUCACGCCACAAGUUUAGUUCCAAUGUAAUCGAGAAGUGCUUGCGAUGUGCCCAGACUCCUUCCAAGGACAUGAUUGUCGAGGAGAUGUUGUCUCCCCAAGAGAUGGAGAGACUUCUUCGGGACUCGUUUGCCAACUAUGUGGUUCAGACAGCUCUGGAGUAUUCUACUCCUCACCAGAAGCAUCGCUUGGUCGAGGCCAUCCGGCCGAUUCUCCCUCAGAUUCGAUCUACCCCCUACGGUCGUCGUAUCCAAGCCAAGAUUUCUGCCUACGACAACCGGGGCAGCGCUGCCUCUAGCGGGCAGGCGACUCCAGCAGACAAUACUCAAGGUCAGAUCCCUCUCCGGGCUAGCCAUCCACGAACCCUAUCUGGAAGCAGUUCCAUGCUGCAAGGCAACGGACCCGCGAACGGCGCAGCAAAUGGGUUUGGACAGAGUGCGUCCUCAACUAUUGCAAACACAGCACCUGUCUCUGCACCCUCUACUCAAGGAGGUCCUGUGCAGCCACCACAAGCUGCUCCUCUUAUGUCUGCCCCGUUCAAUGGGGCUCAAGCCCCAGCAAACAGCCCUCCUGAGGGUGCUGAGGCUCACUGGGUGUAA